CUUUGUCUCCCUCUAAAAUAUGAUCACGGGCGCCUGGCGCUGUGGAAGGAAACUUGACGCCAAGUUAGAAAUCUGCCGCGUGACCGAAUCCAUCGACAAACCGUGCGCGGAGCCGGAGAAGGUGCAGAGAUGGCGCAUGAGCCUCGCGUCGCUGCUCUUUUUCACGGCGCUGCUGUCCGAUCACCUCUGGCUCUGCGCGGGAGGCAAGCUCCGCUCGAGAGACCGGACUCAACGGAGGACGUGGAGCAACGCGAGUCACGACGCUGAGACGGGCCUUCGCGAUGAGGACUGCGGGGUCCUCUUGAGCAACCUGACGGAAAACGGGCCAAAGUGCGUGGAGGCUGACGCGCGGCGUCGCGCGCCUCUGGAGUCCUCGUGCUCUACGCUUUACCGGCAAAAGAGCGGCUUGGUGAGCUCCUCCUAUUCUGUGCCGGUGCCCACGGUGUCGCCACACGCGUUUUUGGAGUACUUCCGGAACUUCAGCUUGUCCUUUUGCGACGCGCUCACAAUAGCGGACCUACUGGAGAGCAUGACCGGUCCUGACGGGCUCAACUGCAGUCUGACGCGUGUCAUUCGUGACCUGUUCAGCGGCGGACCAGAGGACGGGGACCUGUGCAGCGCUUGUGUUCACGCGUACAUCCGACUCGACCAACACGCUCAGGAAAAAUAUGAGGAGUUUCAAUUCCUUACGCGCAAAUUCAUGACUGAUGACUACUCAGUGCGCGCGCAAACACACCUGUGUCAGGCAGUGUAUAAAGCCUGGCUCUGUACAGAAUAUUUUCCGGUUCCUCAGCGGCAGUGUGUGAGGUGGCUUCCAUGCAAGCACUAUUGUGGUGUGGUCACAGCCAGCUGCCCCUUCAUCCUACCUGACAAUGACCAUCUGCUGUAUGCCGGUCUGCCAAGCUUUCUCUGUGCAGGGUUUCACGAGGAGUAUUUGACCAGUCAGGGUCCAGACUGCUGUGAUGUCAGAUGGAGUGGGUGUGACUCCACUGUAGGCGCCGCAUGUGCUCUGACACGCCUCCCUGGCUCCUUCUCGUUGCAUAGGAGGAUAUCAUCAGGAGCGGUGUCAUGUACAAAUCGUCUUCAUGGCAGUAAAUUUAAACUGUGUGUGCUUGUUCUCUUCUUACUACACACCGUUAUCUCCAUAACAACAUUGCAGCAUUACAGCACUGGCUCUUUGGAGGCAAUAGUACCUCUAGAAGACGUUCCCAUGAGGGAGGAGUAAGAGACUGGAACAUCUCCCUCUUUAUUGGAAGACACACAUGCUGUGAAAGUGUUUUUGUCUGCUGUGCAUGAGACGAACCUUACCAAAUGCCUGGAAAACACAGAAAGUAGUCUCCCCACCGCUGAAGCGCCUGUGCCUGUCUUUUUGAGGGUUGGAACAUCUGGCUUGAUAUGAGCAUGUUUGUGUGAAGUGAGUGAGUGAAUGAAUGUUUUUAACUGUUUUUCAGUGUUUUUCAUUUGUUUUAUGUGGACUAAUUGCACAUGUUAAAACACGGCUCAUGAAUGACAAUCUUGUUUUGUUUUAGACAACAUUCUUGGAAACAAAACCGAAUGUAUGAAGAAUGAAUGGGUGACAUUGUUACAUUUCUCCUCUAAUAAAACCAACGCUA